CUUCCCGCAGGUUGUUCGGUGAGCUGGGUGUGUGCUGAGGUCAAAGAGCAGCCGCUCGCUGUCUGACUCUGGGAUUAUUUGACAUGAGUCCUCAUUUGACGAGAUGCGGGUCCUGGGCGAGGUGAAGGGAUUCCCUCAGACUGUUUCCUGUCCUGAUCCCUGCCACAGAAUGACUCGCCGUGAUUGACGCGGACGCGCCAUGGAGAUCCAGAAGAGGUUUUCCGCGUGUUGGGAGAGUUUUCGGGCAUGUUUUAAAAAACCGAGCCAGUCCGGAGGUGUCACCAAGCGCGAUGAUAACCAGGGAACCGUUUUCGAAAACCGUAGUGCUGAUAAAAUCACAGAGCCGGGCUUUAAUGUGUCACGGUCUUUACCCCCGCUGCCAGUGGAGAAAGCGGGGGACUAUUACAUCGCCCUGUAUGACUACUCCGCCCGCACCGAGCAGGACCUGGGCUUCAACGCUGGGGACACUUUAGAGGCUCUGGACAAAAGUACCGGUGAUUGGUGGUAUGCCAAAGCCCUCACCGGCCGUUCAGCCUCCAAACAGGGGUACAUCCCUGCCAAUUAUGUGGCCCCUGUGGAGAGUAUUGAUGCAGAACCAUGGUAUUUCCUCGACACCAAACGGCUGGAUGCGGAGAAGAUGCUGCUGGCCGAAGGGAACCAGGACGGUGCCUUCCUCAUCAGAAACUGUGAAAGUCAGAAGGGAGAGCUCUCCCUCUCAGUGCUGGACUGUGGGAGGGUGAAGCACUACAAGCUGAAGAAAACAGAUAACGGUCAGUACUUUGUGUCAAGGACGAGAUCCUUCCCAACGCUGAAGCAGUUGGUGGAACAUUACUCCAGGCAGGCUGAUGGCCUCUGUGUGCGUCUGGGUGAACCAUGCAAGAAGAUGGAGGCCCCACAGACUUUUGGUCUGUCCUAUAACACAGUGGACCAAUGGGAGAUCGACCGCAACUCCAUCAAGCUGCUGAAGAAGCUGGGAGCCGGUCAGUUCGGCGAAGUCUUCGAGGGCCUGUGGAACGAUACCACAGCGGUCGCGGUGAAGACCCUCAAACCUGGUACCAUGGAUCCUGAGGACUUCCUGAGAGAGGCUCAGAUCAUGAAGAGGCUGCGGCACGCCAAACUGAUCCAGCUGUACGCCGUCUGCACCAUGGAGGAGCCCAUCUACAUCAUCACAGAGCUGAUGAAGAACGGCAGCCUGCUGGAGUACCUGCAGAAGGAUAAGGGUGCCACGCUGGGGAUCUCUGACCAGAUUGAGAUGGCAGCGCAGGUGGCGUCAGGCAUGGCUUUCCUGGAGUUACAGAACUACAUCCACAGAGACCUGGCAGCCAGGAACGUCCUGGUCGGGGAGAACAACAUCUGCAAGGUCGCCGACUUCGGCCUCGCCAGGGUCUUCAUGAAAGAGAAUGAAAAUGUGUACGAAGCCAAAGAAGGCACCAAGUUUCCUGUGAAAUGGACCGCCCCAGAGGCCAUCCAUGACAACAAGUUCACCAUUAAAUCUGAUGUUUGGUCCUUUGGGAUUUUGCUGUAUGAAAUCAUGACAUUUGGCCAGAUGCCUUAUCCAGCCAUGACCAACUUCCAGGUGGUCCAGAGAGUUCCCACUGGUUACCGGAUGCCGUGCCCCCCCAACUGCCCCAAAGUCAUGUAUGACAUUAUGAUAGAAUGCUGGAAGGAGAAUGAACAGGAACGGCCCACGUUCGAGACCCUGCAGUGGAAGCUGGAGGACUACUUUGACCUGGAUGUGACCUCGUAUGACGACGCCAGCCGUUAUUAGCACACACUGACCGGGCUGUGACAUGUGGAAAGAAGGGAAUGGAAAGAAGAAAAACUCUAAGCACCGAAACAAAAUCAAACUCACUUGAAUAUAAACACAAACUGACACAGAUGAUUUUCUGGAUUCACAGAUUCGAACCUAAUUUAAAAUCCCACUCCCUGCAGUCGAAUGAAGGAUGUAAAACGUUUGAUAUGACUGUAGCUGACACACAGCGAGGAAGCUUUUCAACGCAGCAGCAGCUGGUUUGCGACACGAGCUGGUCCUGCCUUGUGUGACAACUGAAUGCACUUUCAGACAGGCAUAUAUGCGAGUUCAGCCUAACUCGUAGAGCGCACUCUUUCAGCCCAGAUGAAAAGCCGGAGUCUGUCCAUCUGGACGAACCAGUUCUUUUUGCACGCAGCAUAGCACGCAUUGUUUCCAAAGGCGACAUGCCGAGCUAUUACCGGGAGCUAUCACAGACAGGAUGUGAGCAAUGUUCACCUACGAGCUCGGUCUGUUUUUGGUUUGUGUCUUCGAGGGGCGAGACCGAGUGAGCGGCAGGUGCUGUCAUCUCAGCUCACAUGGUCAGGUUUGUAUGGAGCCCUGCAGGUGUAUCAAAAAAAUAAUCACAAAUGAAUGCACACAAAUAACCAGAGAAUAGCUUUAUUAGAUUUUUUUUUUUUUUUUUUACCCUGUGAAGGUGAUGUGGCCUACGCAUUAGUAUACAGCAGCUUAUUUUCACAUCCAUCAAACAUUAGCAAUCAUUUGGAGUGCAGUUUGUGUCCUUUGCUGCUUUGUUUUGGCUCCACCAACUCCUGAGAGAAUUACCCAACUCCUAUAACUGCUAAAUGUUGUUCUUUUUUCACCACUUUGUCACUACCUGUGCGGGCCAUAAAAAAAAGAAAAUGAGCUAAAGUCUGUCAUAGAGUCCUAAAGUCCAUAACUCUCCACGAGUUCAUCUCCAUAAGUGACCCUCUUCUCAUUACGUGCAGUAAUUCCACAUUUUUCCAUUGUUAAUAUGAAAUAUGGAUUAAAGAAACUUCAAGGGAUAUCAAAGAUUAUUUUUAAAAAUUAAGAAAAAUACACUCCAUCCAAAAUCAAAACAAAAGCACAGUAGAUUUUCUCUUCUUCUAGCUGACCUUCUCUGGUCAGAGUGGGAGCCGCGGCCAAAGUGUUAGCAGUGUGUUAGAAGAUGCAUACAAACACUAACUUCAUUCCUUAUCUAUUAAUAGUGUCAGGUUAUGGCAUUUAGUAUAUUCACCUUUAACACUUUAUCAGUUAGCUGCAUGCUCACCACUGUGUGGCCUGAUGUCAGUGUGAUGCAGACUAAUGCAGUUCAGCUUUGAUUUAGGUUGGAGAUACAGGGACAUGCUUCAGAUUUUUUCCCCAUUAAACAUAGUUGUAUUAUCUUUGACAUCCCUUCAACAUACUUUGAACUCUGUUUAACAUUAUGUUCUGUUCAGAUGUAGCACAAGUUACUAUUUUAAGUGCACAGAAUUUUUCUUUUUCUUUUUUUUUUCCUAAAUCAUCUAGUCUGCUCAUGGCAGCUAAGCCACAAUGCAGUCACACCUGUCUGCCUUUGUGAUAGAGUACAUUUAGUUAAAUGCAUUCUUCUUGUUAGUCUUACUCACAUGGGGACCUGCAGUGUAAUGACUCGAUGACUGAACUUAAUCCCUCCUCUUGUUUUUGUUUUUUUGUACAGGAUUCUGUUAGAACUGCCCUCAGCACAUCUUAUCAGACACCUGACAGGUUUACUGAAAUGGUUGAAGCAGGUGGAUGGAAAUCUCUCACUCCUGUGAUUUUUGUAUGAUGGUUUUUAGUGUCACGAACAAAAAUCCUGUUAAUUGUACAUUAUAACCAAGCCAGUGUUUAUAUGUAAUCAUACUGUAUUUUAACAUAAUUAUCCUUUUUAUUUGUAACGUAAUUAAAUGAAUUAUAUUUA